UUGAAUAAAGCUAAUAAUAAUAAUCAUUUAAACACAAAUAUUAGUACACGGAGGCACCAAAUAUAUGCGCCAUACGGAUCAAAUGAUUCGUGUGAGGCUUGGGAUACUCCACAGGUGUCAAAACUGAAGCAGGUGGUUUUAUUAGCGAGCCACUCCUCAAAGUUCAGUAUAUUUCCCUAUGUCACCACUAGGCAUUUUCCAGCUAUUCAAGUCAUUUGACCUUUAAGGUUCUAAUUUGUGGUCAUUAUAACUAGUCUUAUCAUUCCAAUAUUAUUCGAUAAAAUGUUUGACAUAUAAAUGAAGAUUUAAUAGAAUUGCUUAUUUGAUGAAUUCUCCAUAUUCUUACACCCUCUCCAUAUUUUUUACCACUUGGUGCUGUUGCUACCAUCAUUACGAUAACUUUAUAGCCGUUCUUUGAUAAUUACUAUUACUUUCGUCAUCCUGUGUAUGGUAGUUGUGACAAUCUGGAUAUGUUUCUCAUACUCGGCUACCUUACCUUCUCUGAUCUAGUCCAUUCAUUUGCAAAUCAAAUAUGUGUGAAUACAGACAUUAUUUAGAAUUAUUUUUAACUAACGAUCAAAGUAACACCUAAUUAUAUUUUGGAGUACACAACUAUACAAAUCACUUCAAUUAAGGAAGUGUUUGCACUCACCAAACUAAAUGAAUACAGUUUGUCACACGACGUUUGUUGCUUUUGCCCUCCAAAGAUUAUUGGCCUGUUUAGGUCCAGGCCAACUAAACUAGAGAAAAGGUUAAAACUGCCUUACAUUGUGUUAUUUUCGAAAUUUACACUAUUUUCCAGGUUUUAUAGACUAAUUAGCUAGUGACUGAAUCUAAAAUCAAUAAUAUGGGUAAACGUAUGCACAAAGGUAGAACCCGAAAGUUUACUGCCCCGGAAGAAAUUGACCGUCAACUUGGAAUAUCUAAAGAAGCUGAGUCGUCUUUGAAUAAGACAAUUCAUGACAAGAAUAUUAAUGAUACUGAAACGGAUGAUGAUGAUGAGGAGGAGGAAGAUGAAGACGAUGAGGAAGACACAAGUGAACGUCAUAAGGGUGUUAGUCAUUUAAUUGAAGUAUGCAAUCCUAAUCGUAUAAAAUCUAAAACAGUUGCUCCUUCACGAAAAGAAAUCGCCGCAUCUAUCAAAGCUACAACUGAUCCAAUAAAAUUAUUAUCAGAAACUGAAUUAGCAGCUAACAUAGCACGUCUUCAAUUGGUUAGAAAAGAACGUGAAUUAGCAGCUCAAAAGCUUGAACAAGAAAAACAAGCCCGUGAAGCACAACGUGCAGCAACAGCAGCCGCAAAACGUACAUCUCAAACAAAACCACAACAGAAAAGUGGUCGUAGUGGUAAACAGCAUACGAACAGUAACAAAGAGCAUCAAACAGUAAAUCAAAGAAACAAUAUAAAUUCAUCAGAAAUAACCGAUGAUAAUUGACCAAUUAAUUGGUUGAUCAGUGAUCAUUAUCCUUAAGCUCUAUGCUUUUCUGAUAUGAUUCACGCACAAAGAUGAGAGAGGAAUAAUAACUAUGCUGCAAAGUUGCCAAACAGUCAAAUCCAACUUUCCUUAUUCGUUUCCCUAUAUUUUUUUUUCGAUACAUGCCAUAAAACUGAUUUAGAUUACAUUCUAAAUAUGUUUUAUAGCAUUUUCUUAUUGGAAAAUCUUUAUUACCUAACUCUCUCUGUAUGAAUAACUUAAAAAAGUUUUUAAAUUGUAUCCUUCUCAGUUAAAAGUGCCCUCUUUUAUAUAUUUUAAUAUAACUAAAAAGAAAACAUUUAUAUAUAAGUUU